AUGAGUAUGAAGAAGAUUUUCGGACUACUGUACGUGCUGUGCGAAUAUUUGUGUUUCGUCGCAUGCAAUUCUUUGAUCGAAUCUCACGAACUGUUAGUACACCAUGUAAGUGUAUUGAUAAUAUUUUACUGAAAUACGAGAAUAAUUUAGUAUUUACAAAUUGCAUCGCAUAUAAUAUGUAUAUUCUUAAUAAAAUUUGGGAAAAAAUUGUUGAAUAUUUUAGUAAAUCAACCUAUUUUUUCAUGUUUUUAAAACACGUGUUUUUGUAUUGGAGUUUCGAAUAUCGACUUUUAAUACAUUCAAAUAAAAGGAUAAUUCGUUAUCAUCGGCCCUCUAUAUAGAGUCGAGAUAAAACGAAAUAUCGAUAUUAUAAAUAUAUAAUAAUUAUGCACAGAGUAAACACGGACCAGCGGAAGGGGCCGCGCUGCCACUUGGGCCCCCCAUCACCGUGAAACCGCGUAGAGUAUUACGUUACAUAUUAUUUCGGAAAAUUAAAAUUGUAUGAAUAAUAAUAAGCUGCACAAUAUCAGUAUUCAAGUUUCCGGUGUACAAACAAUAUACGUGGACGCUUUCGAAAAAUAUAUAUUCUACGCUUUGCAGGGAUGUACAACGGAAUAUUAAAAAAUAGGAGCCAUCACAUUAUACCAUACAUUUAUCUACACACACCCUUACCCCUAUCCUUUAUAAUAAAUGUGAAAAUAUUAUCUAGACAUUUGUAACGAAAUACUGUAUAAAAAAAAAAAAAAAAAAAACGCAUACAUAUUGACAGGAAAACCGAUUGUGCCGCGCGUUAUUGUGGUUCGCUCUGUACAUAAUAUUGUAAUUUUUCGGUAUCCUCUAUAAUACAUAGUCUAUAUAUAUAUAUACAUAGUGUUAUACCAUAGUCCAUAUAAUCAAACCGAUCCUUUUAAGAGGAUACUAACCUAACCUAUCGUUGCAACGGUUUUGUUGUUAUUAUUAUUUUUAUACAUACCUACCUACGUCGAAAACAUUAUCACAUAUGCACUAUAGCUAAAAAAAAAAAAAAACGCGGUUCUGAUAGUGUUUUAGACUAGGAGAUAGUUAUAUAGGUACAGGUAAUGCUUUUAGGUUAAUAACACGUAGGCGGCAAUAAAAAUGGUCGAACAUAAAUAUAGCAUACAAAAUUAAAAAAAAAAAUAAACGAAAGUUUCUGGUUGAAUAUUGGGUUUUUAUUACGAAUGGGAUUUUUUUUUUUUAAACGUUCAGUUACGUCGAUACUUAUAAUUGUUGUUAUUUGGAUACGAUUUUUUUAAAAAAAACUUAUCAUAAACACGAUAAAGAAAAAAAAACACGAACGAUUUUUAUUGUAUUAUAGUCUUCAGUUUAUCAAACGGACGCAUAUCUUCUUCUUAUUUUUUAUCUACGGUUUUUAUAAUAAUUAUUGUAUUCUAGUUUUCAUCACCAGCACUAUACUUCUUUAAAAAUGAAAACCGAACAUUUCGCUUGGUGCAGAUCAAAUACCUGCCGCAACUGCAAUUUCAAAUUACAUUAAAUAAAAUAGUAUUUUACUGACUACAACAACACGAUAUUAUAAUAUUAAUAGUAAUAUCAUUCCAUUGUUUGUUGUUGCACUGCGCAUAAUAGUGUAUACGUAUCUGGGUACGCCGCAGUGCACACGGAGAUAGGAUUAUGCCAUCAUGCAAAACGGAAAUUCCGUAAUAAUAAUUUUUACAAAAGAUUCCUAGAUCCGUAUUUUCUUGUGGAUAAUAUUCCCACUAGGUCGCGAAAUCAAAUUAUGAUGCACUAUUGUUUUAUAUUUAUUUCAGUUUAACGUAAAAUUUCGUGUUUUCACACCGUAUAGAAUGUUUGAUCGUCGUUAUUAUACAGACGACGUGAUGUCAUUAUAGUAUUACACAAAAGUCGUUAAACACGCUAUGAAUCGCAGGAAUGAACGAUACCAAACAUUUCGACACUCGUUAUAUACUUCGAUUUUUCCAUGUCGAUACCGAUGACACUCGAUGUACCUAUAGGUACUGUGCUUUAUCCCUUCGGUAUCUCGAAAAUAUUUAGCGUUUUUAACAAUAUCUGGUCACUUGAAAAUGAUACGGUUCGAUGUAUUGAUAAUUUGAAAAAUCGCUUUUAAAUAGAUUGUAGGGUAAAAAAGAGUUUAGGUUUCGAAUAUAUAAUCUGGAACAGCGAUUUCAAUCAAAACUAAUGUCUAUUUUUCUUUCUCUGUAGCAUCACGGUGAAAACGACGUGAGUCACUUCACCAACGUAUGGUAUUUCCAUUCGACCAACGACGAUCUGGAUGAGGUCCACGAUGUCAUCAUACAAAAUGGAUUUUCGUAUGCAGAACCGGUAAGAAAGGCAAACAAAUAUCACGUUUAAUAAUAUUUUUUAUAAAUUGAAAAGAAAAAUGCUGUUUAAUUUAUUAUUUACACUCGUAAAUAGAGUAAAACAAAAAAAAAAAAAGGAUUAAUUGUUAAAAAUGAAAAUGUUUUUAUGACUGCAGUAUUAAAAACAAAAUAAAUAUCGUGUCAUUAAAUGAAUUUUAGAAUAAUACAUGCAAUCAGUGCAGCAAAAGUCACACGUGUUACCAGAGUUGGUAAAUACGAUUAAAAAAGAAAAAAAAAACAAUACAUGCAUAUCAAUAUUAAGUAUUUAUAAUGUACCCUGCACGAUGAUAUUGGUUUUUUCAACCUUUUUAACAAUCCAGCUUUGCAUAAAGCCACAAAAAAAUGUGUUUUUAUAUUGCAAGUACUUAGAUUGCUUUUGUAUACAUUUCCCGAUGGAAAAAAAUCUUUUAAAUCCAAAUAUUCCAUUAUUUUUGCAUACGAAUGAGUUUUUUGCAUUUCGAAUCGCGAUAAUAUUAUUAAUAUUAUAUAGUUAGGUUAAUUUAGAUGCCUAAACUAUAGUAAUUUAUAAUAUGUAUUUGAAAUAAAAUUUGCAGGCUGAGAAUGAGAGUAAUUGUAACUUGUAAGUGUGAAUGUUUACAUUUAUUUUCUUUACAACUUUUUCACGUGUAUUUUAAUUUUCAUCAUUUCAAUGUUGCAAACGAUAGGUACAUGGUAUACCAAACGUUUACAAGGCAAAAAUGGAAAGUCAUCCAGAAAUUCAUCACGAACCGGCCCAUCAUAACACUAACGUUUUAAAACAACACGAUAAAGUAAGUUAAAAUUAUUGAAAAACAAUUUUAUGAGGUUAAGCAUUUACCCGAUAAGGGCUUGAUUUGGGAAGGCUGAUUUAUAGGGAGCAAACUAUUUGUUAUUUUAUUUUUAUUCCUAGUCAAUAAUUCUUUAUAUAUUUUAAGUUCUGAGGGGAACGAUGAUUAUACUGGUUUCAAAUCUGUAUUUAAUAGGAGGGGUUCCUGAAAAUAUAAAAGUAUAUAUUUAUUUAGGGUGUAUGGAGUAGGGGUGAAAAAUUAAAAAUGGGUUUACAAAAAAAGCUCAAACGAUUCCACAAUGAUUAAAAAAGUAGAAAUCAAAUUCAUUUAAUAUAUAUAUUUAAUAUAUAUUUAAUAUAUGAUUAUAGGUACUAUGACGUAUAGAAUAUCUACGGUUAUUUAUUUUUGAAUUAUUACAAAAUAAGAUAUUAAUGCAUAGUACAAAUAAUUCACCUCCUAAAAGUACCGACUAGAUUAAUUUUCCUACUAUAAAGUAUUAUAGAUGUUAAAGUUGUAAAUCAAAUCAAUUUCCCUUACAUAAAUCGCGUACUCAAACACGCACACUCACAAAUAAAAACACGCUUAUAAAAGUAAAAAAAAAUAAAUAUUUUUAUCAUAAAUUAAAAAUAAAUAUUAUUUUGGUGGGCGUCGAUGCUGUGCUACAGUAAUCUGUAGGUAUUGUAUCAGCGCCUGGCAGGGUUUUGGAAGGGGGGCUGUAGUCUAAGGUCUCAGAACUAAUAGAAGUAAUAACUACCUAAAAUUCGUCAUCGCUUUGUUCCGUUUCAAAUGUAAACACAUGUACAGUUACAGAUCCUUACAUUUGUUUGCCUAUUCAAAAACCCUUAGAAACUUUAAACCGUAUUUUAAAAUAAAUAAUAAAAAUUAAUAUGAUUUACGAAAAUUGUAUUGUUGUAGGGAUGUGUAUUUUACAUACACAUCAGACUACUUUCUGAUGUUAGUGUCAUUUACGGUUUGGAUUCCGGAAGUAUACUGCGGUCAAACGACAAUAUGGUUUGUGCGUUUAUUUUUUCCGGAUUUCUGCAGUUCCGGACCAUAAGGUUUAUCUAUUUAUUUUUUCCGGAUAAAUAUGGUCUGUGACUAUACACUAUACACAAUUCCGGGAAUCUACGGUCCGAUGAGAUUACUUUCCGGGAUUAUACAUGUGUCCCAGUGUGUACCUAUCGUGUUGUGUUUGCUGGAAUAUUUCUUUCUUUUAAUUUUUUUAAAACAACAUAAUUAUUUUCAUUAAACAUUUUUAUAAUUAUAAUCCGUCGACUUAUUACUUCAUUUCAACAAUUUCCAUUCAUCACACACUUUUUCACUUAUUGGAAUCGUUUUGUUCUUAAUAUAUUUUAUUACAUCGUAGUCGGUGAAUAUUAAUUGUAAUCAUUUUUUAUGAAACGUUUGCCCGGGAAUUCUGAAAACUCGUGGUUCACCCUUAGAUCUUUUAUUCGGGUUUUUUUUUACUGAAACUUUAUUGAUUAAUAAAAAAACACUUAAAAACGUUCAAAUUGUACCUUAAAGAUGCAGUUUUUUUUUUAUUUAUUCGAAAAUGUUUCUAGAUUCAUGCCGGUUUUUCAAAAAAAUUUUUAAAAAAAACCUCCAACAAUUAACACGAUACCUACAUUGAUUCGUGGAAUUUUGGAUCUCAUGGAACCCCUAGUAGAAUAAACUUAUAGUUCCGCUCGGAAUAGCAUUUUGAUUGCAAUUAAUUAUUGUUGCUUCGGUAGGUAUGCAAACGAAAUUACUCUAUGUCCUAUAUUAUACAUUCUAAACUCCUCACGUACAACGGUGGCCUACUCACAGUGCGAAGUGUGUCCGGUUUUUUGAACCAUUUUUCAUCCAAAAGACGCGUGCACACGUCAUACAUGUCAUCGUGUUCACGGAGUUGAUUACUCGAUUUUGAAUGAAGCGGUCGUGUUUUUAAUUUGUACGGUGUAACACAUUAUACUAUAAACAAGCCAACGACCAAAAAAUAAUAAAUUGUUAUUAUAAUUUAUUCGAGCGGUUAUCUUUGCUUUACUGCUUCGAUUCUAUUAUUUCGGUAUACAUAAUACAGAUAGUCAACGACUAAGCGUACGCCAUUUGUAUACAUAAAUAGUAUAUUAACAUAAAUUCAUUAAAAAUGCAAAGAUAAUAGAAAUAUUUUCGCACGCGUGACAAAUACCAAAUUUUCUACGAUUCAAGAUUGGAAUCGUACAAAAUAAAUAUUGUUACAAAAAGAUUAUGCAUUUAUUUAUUUUUUAAUUUGUUUACGUUAACGCAAGCCAUCUAUAGGAUUUAUUUUAUUUUUGUAUGUUUGUGGUCACUUGAGAUUCUACGGUGUAUUAUUAUUAUUAUUAUUGCGAUACAUGUGUGUUUAUAACCAUAUGAGAUACACAAAUAAAAAUCUAGAGCCGAUACUGCAAAAACCAAUUUAUUCCACUAUUUUCAUCUUUUUCUUCUUUUAGUCUUCAAUAUUUCCGUUGGUUAGUUGCGAUUCUCAUCGGCGCUUCUCAGUCGAAACCAAAAUCCUUCAACUCGCCAUAACUUUUUUUUGUCUCUGUCGUAAUCCCCAUCUCACCUCGGUCUCAAAUCCGUCAUGUCUCUCCGAAUUAUAAAAUGCAUCGGCCGUUGCUUUGGGCGAACGCGGGGUUUUUCUAUUUAUACGGUGUUCGUGAUUAUGAUUCUACACUAUUCACGGUUCUACGCGACGUGACCUGCACAUUUUAUAAAUCGAAUUGUAAUAUGUUUUAUUUUCUACGCAAACGUUCGUUUGAUCUCAUGUUUCGCACACUUAAACGGCGACAGUCGUAAACGGGUCCGUAAAUUUCCCUCGAAAGUACCCACUUUGUUUGUUUUCGUCUCCUGCUGUAGUAUGUCUACAUUGUAUACGUAUUCAUUAAUAUACUCUUCGGCAAUUAUUGUUUGUAUUAUUAUUAUUUUUACAGGUAUAACGAAUACAUCAUAAAAUGUACAUCUUUAUUACCCACAGUUAAUUUAUUCGAGGUCAUAUUGUUAAAUAGGCGUCAAUGUAUUACGGUGUCGUUAAUCCCGAAAAAACGACUAAAUAAACGUAUUAUAUGGGUAUAAUACGAGCCACGGCCAACUUCCGCCAACUAUGUUGUAAUAAUCCAGUACGUGAUAUACCUUGAACUUCUCCACGUCGUAUAAACGAUAAUGAAUUGCUAAAAUUAGGACCACGCAUAAUAAUAAUAAUACAUAUUUCUAUAAUAUUACGGGGUGUAAAAUUUAAUAAUCUGGUGUGUCGAAUAGUGAAACGGUAAAACUUUUUUAGGUGAACUGGGCCAAACAAGGAUUUACGAGAAACUUGCAUAAACGGAUGCCAACGACGACGGCGGCGACGACGCCGGGCGUCCGCAGCAGAUACGAACGGUAUUUUAACGACGAACUUUGGAAUCUGCAAUGGUACGAGGUAGUUAUUAUAUAUAUAUAUAUGUAUAUUACUAUAAUGACAAUGUUUUAUUUCACCGGAAUUGUUCGCAAAAAUAUGAACUUAUCGUCCAUAACAUAAUAUAUAGUAUUUGCAUUACACGUUCGCGGUUAAUUUUUAUUUUACGAUCGAUUGAGCCGUGUUGAUUACGAUUCUGAGCGGAGCGAGAAACGCGUUGGUUUUAUAUGGAUGUUUAUUUUUUUGAUGUGAACAACUUUUUUUCACCAGAAAUUUCGCUUCGAUUUUUAAGUGUAGCGUGUUUAUCGAAAGGAAAUUUUACUAGAGAUGACAUUUUUUGAUUUUCCCAAGGGUUUUCAUAAUAAACGGGAACAAAUAAAGGAAAUAAGGAAAAUGUACGAAUCGCAAAUAUUACGGGCUUUCGAAACUUGUAUAACCAAACUCUACUCAGAAUCGUUUUGCGUUAGCAAUGAUUAAUCGUUACGUACAGAUUUGCAUUAAAUUAUUCUUCUGCCUUACCGAGUUAUCAUUUACAACAGUGACCCAUCGCGUUAUGUCUGUUUGUUUUUUGAUUUUAUUUUACAAUCACUGUUUUCGAAAUUUAUUCUUACAUAAUUUCAAUUUGUUACGCCUACUUCCCUGCUAGUUGUUAAUGGCACAUUUAUGAUUUUCAGAUGGGAACCUUUCUUUUGAAUACAGAUUGGAGUAGGGAAUAAUUUUCUUAAACAUUUCGAUACGCAUAAUAUUAAUAUUGAAUAGACGAGGUGAAGUACACAUAAAAAAAAAUUAAAAAUUAAGCCAAAUCUGAAUCUAAUACUUAGCGAAACCGUCAUUACCAAGAAACAGAACCAAAAUUUAAAAUUUUACCUUGAUGUGAAAUGAAGUUAAAGAGGUUAAAGAGGCUUAAAAAAUGUAACUUCAAAAAAAAUUGCUAUCAAAGUUAUUAUUCAUUUGUUUUUAGCAAGAUUACCGUGGAAACUGUACCAACGACACGCCAUUGGAUAUGAAUCUUGUACCGGUGUACGAACAAUUAAAAUACACCGGUAAAGGUAUUCGAGUAGCUAUUAUCGACGACGGAAUAGAAUAUACUCAUGAUGAUCUUAAGGACAAUUAUGUAAGUAUUUUUACGUUUCUAUUUAAUUGAGGUGUUUUUUUUUUUUUUUUUACGAUAUUGGGAUUGGCUACGGAGAUUUCGAGAAAAAUUAAUUUUAAACUUUUAUUUAGCGAUUAUAAAAAAUCGUUUACAAUAUUUUCCAAAUUGUAUAUCUACUUAUUAUAAAGGAGCAUUCAAAUUUGAUUUUCAAAACGCAGACGAAAUAUUCUCUUUUCGUAACGCUGACAAUUUUUGAAUUGCCGAUUGAAAUUUAAAUGGCUGAUAAAAAGCCCGGCAAAAUACAUUCUACUCAACCACGAUAUGAAAAUCACCCUGUAGGUAUUUUAUCGAGUGGGCAUAACAGAACAGUAAUUUAUUUCGAAAAAUAAAUCUACAUAAUCAACGCGUAAUAAAACAUCGUUUUUACGGGAACAUAUAUUAUAACUCGUUCUAAACCCUAAUAAUAUAUUUUGUUUGUCGCAGUUAUUUUCAGAAACCCCGCGGCCCCCUAUUGUAUUUUCAUUUGAUUUUAAUCCACUAUUUCGUGUAACGCAUGUCCAAGCUCGAUACGUUUAUCGUAUUUUUUUGAUAAUUCAUACUAAAAUAUUAUAAUAUUAUCGUACCUAUGCAUAAUAUUAUGAAAACGUAACAAUAUUAUUAUUAUGUACGCUGAACCCUUGAUAAUCAUUGAUAAAUCCACAUUAAAUGAAUAUUAUUUACGUACCGUAAAUGCCGUUAUUAUAUUUAUAUAACCGAAUAAUAUCCACGUUCAUAUUUUACUCAAUUAAAUAAUAUAGACGGUACGAGAAUUAAACAUUUUUUAGAUUCUGAGAUAAGCAUAACUAUUAUAAAUAGUUUGAUAUUAUACGUAUAAAUUGUGAUAACGUGUGCUGUUUUUUUUUUUUUUAACUUAGUAGAAAAACUCAAAUUAUUUUCAAAUGUUUAAUAGUUCCAGUUAUUCUAUCGUUGAAAGCUCGGAAAAUAAUUUAUAGAGUAUUUUCACUGAUUUCGAAUUUUAGCAUCGUAUGAUUUUAGCUGAACAGUAGAAAAGUUGUGACCGUUUUAAAGGCUAAACAUCUAUUGGCUUGGAAUAUUAUAAAUUGAACCUGAUCACAUUUCGAGUUCUUUUCGGAACAGUUAUUUGACUUUGACUGGAACGAUUUAUCGUCCCUUUAAAUAUUAUUAAAAAUAAUGAAACUGUGGGCUUAUUCUGAAACGGGCUUUUAAGUCACAAGGUUCGUGCAAAGACCUGUAUUAAUAAAUCUGUAACGUACAUUCCAGUUUUAUAAUAAAUUUCAGAUCAAAAAUGCGCUUUUUCGUUCGCGGAAUAUAAUAUUACCGAGUGUUCGCAGAAUAUUAUAAAGUUUAAUAUUUUCCAUACGUCGUUCCAAUUAUAAUGAUAAAAUAUUGUAUUUUAAAAUUUGUCAUUUUCUUUUACUUUUUACAGUGUUCCCACAUGUCGUUAACUUUAAUGGUUAAUAAUUAUUAGAUAGGCUCCCGUAAUAAUUACCAUAUAAAUAUGAACAACACGCACUACUCGUAUAACGCAUAAGAUACAUAGAGGUAUAGAAGUAUUUAAUGAUAUUUUACAAAAUACACUAGAGUGGUGAUAUGUUUGUGGCAUAGGAAUGGUCCUCAGUAUUCAUAAUGGUACAUAUAUUUUUGUUGAAUUUGUUAAAAUCGAUUAUUACAUGUUUAAUUCCAGGUUUCUAAACGUAUUUUAAACAAUAAACUAUAAUUUCGUUUACAAUUUUAACAUUAUUACCUCCUACAUACAAAAUUAUCUCUUUAUAAUAUGAGUAAGUAUUGAUUUAUACAUUGCACGUCUAAAUAUUAUAAAGGCAGCAAAUAUCCAUUAAAAGAUGUAAUUCAUGUUAUUUCCAUUUUACUUUUUCACAUUUAAAUAUAAAUAAUACAAAAUUAAACAAAUUCCGCAACUAUACGGAUGGAUAUAAGGUCUCUAAACUUAUUUUUAGAAACCUAAAGUUGUCUAUCCCAUCUCAGCCCUAGAGAAUGUUAUUCACUGUUAAUUUUUUCAAUACAAUUUUUCACUUAAAUAUACGUCAAUAGUGAAAUUUUACUGUAAAGGUACACAAAAAUCAGUAUUCUAUUCAAAUCGGGGUUACUUCUUUUAUGAAAAGUUUUACUUCAAAAAGUUUUUAUAUCGAUAAAAAUAAGAAAAUAAUAAAAAUAAAUAAACAACUGUUAAAACUACACUCUCCCAUAUUAGCAAAUAAAAACCUACAUGAGAUCGAAUAAUUUAAUAAAAAAUAAUAACGUGAUCGGUAUAGGCAAUAUCAGUGGACUAUAUACGCUAGUAACACUGCAGAAUAGACACGAUUGAGUAUUCUUUAUAAAUUAUCAAAGAACGGAUUUUUUGAAAAAAAUAUUUAAUGUAAAUACAUGAUCUCUUUCAUUAUAAUGGAGGUGUUGUGUAGUUCUAAAAUACUUUUCGCUCGAUUUCUUCAUUAAUGAAUUUCAAAAAUUGCCUUCCUCCCACGUAAUCUUAUUAUGGAUCCGUCUCUGCUAUUUCCUAUACUUAAGCCCGUCCUUAGGGGAUUUUAGGGGUUUAUCCCCGGCGCCAAAAUUGUUUUUUAUUAUAUUGGGUUGCGGGAAAAUAAUUAUUUCAGUCAAUAAAAUUAGAAUACCACAUAUUUUUGAUAAAUGAUACUCGAUUAAAAUAAUGUUUUAUAAACUAUUGGUUUGAAUUGUUUGUUCGGUAUAUAAAUGCGUUCACCGUCGUGAAAUAUCGUGUUUAAUAAUUAAAUAAACAACAUUUUUAGUUUCCGAGAGUAUGAACUGUUUAUCAUUUAUAUAAAUGAUAAAAGCUUAACGUUGAUUAAUAACCAAAUGCUUUGAUAAAAAUAUAUGGCCAACAUCAUAUAUUUAUCGUUUUAUGGUAAACGUUUAAUCGAUUAAACACGUCAGGCUUAAUCACAAAUUUGCAAAGGUAGGUAGAAUAUUUUGUUUUGUUUUUUAAACGUAUGUUUGUAUUACUGUAUUACAUGGUUCUUUCGAGUUUACCUGGUUCUGUAAUUCCCUCAAAUAGUGUCGCUGCGACCCGUCGGUAGAGAUGAAAACGAUUAUUACAACGGUAGAAAGAAAAAAAAAAACAUUAUACCUAGCGAGAUCCGACAGUGGCUUAACGGGACCGUAACCGAAAGUCCUCAUGCCUAGUUGGUUUUUCGUGACGUGUGAGUACUUAUUCAAAACCCUUUUGGAUCGACUAAUUUACAAUCAGUUACACUGUAUAUAAUCCGUCGCACUAAAAAUGUGGAUUACACGUUCCAUAACACGCUUACCACCGAAUAUAAAUACAAUUUUUAUCGACGCACAGUUAGGCCGAAUGACACAGAAUGCUAGCAAAAAUAACACUUAUCGAAUUGAACUUAUCUUAUCAUUUUAUAAAAUCGAUAGAGUUCACACUGAAUUUGAAAUGAACGAGGCGUUGUCUGAUUUCUCGAUAAAUUACAGUCCGUAGUUACAAUAGCAUUACAACAGCAUGUAACACAAGUCUACCGCAUAUCGUAGUAUAACGAGUUAAAGAGGUAUAACUUUUUUAAUUCUGAAUUAUGAGUUUUAACUUCGCGAUUUGAACGUUUACCGACUUUGAAUUACGAUGGAUCCAUUAAAAAUAGGCCAGUUAAUAUAUGAUAUAUAUAGACGGUGUUUUGUUAAAAGAAAGUCUAUAAAAUUUCAUUUUUUUUCAGGAAGCAAAAAAAAAAACUGUUUUACAAAAAAACAACAAAACAGUUUUUAUAGUUGUUUAUCUUGGAAAACAAUAAAAUUAAUCGUCCUCAUUAUACUUUGUACACAAAGUAUACAUGCAUUGAAUGUGGUUUACGGCCUUUUAACAAAUCAGUGUUAAUUUAAUUAUAUUUUAAAAGGGUGCCUGGAUAUCUUUUAAUCGACAUUACCAACUUAAUUUUCUGUAUUUAAAUACGCCCUUUAACCGGUUUAUGCUCCUAAUUUUUCUGAUUUUUUUUUUUUUGAUACCAAAAACGUAUUUUUCGAUUUUAAAUGGUAUACGUCCUUUAAAUAAAAAACCAUCGAUGUAUAUAUAUAUUUUUUUUUAGUAUUGAAGUUAAAAUUAAUAAAUUAAUACACUAAUCCUAAGUUAUCAUUUUUCGUACUUUUAUGAUAAUGAUAUACAAUUUAAGUUCAUUUCCGGGUUUUUGAUUACUUGUACCUGCAUUCCAUGGACCUAUGAAUAAUGUAUCUAUUUAACAUUUGUAGGCUAAUUAUGGAUAAAAAUUGCAAGAGGGUGCGAGGGCACAUCUUGCCUGCUCCAAAUGGCGCCUUUGGAUUGCGCAGUGGUAAAAUCGAUUUCGUGUAACAUCUUUUUAGUACUUGUUUUGCGGAAUUUUCAUAAGUAAUAUUAAACGAAAUAGUUUUCGAUAUUAUGCAGAACUUUACCGAACGCUCAAAACAAUAUAUUCGGGGUCUCGCGAAUAAUUAUUAUUAAUUCAAAAAUUCAUUUUUACGAUAACAAUAAAGUAUACCGAGUUAUUUAAUAAUAAUCAUUUUGUCGUGUUGGGAGUAGGAGUAGGGGUGAUAAUAUAUUAACAUGUUAAUAUAUUCGAGCAACUUUCGAGUAUAUUAAUAAAAUACGAACACGUUGGUACCUACAUAAUAAAAUAUAGACCUACGAAUAUUAGGUUUGUUUCAUUAAUAUCCACUGCAGUAUAAUAAUUUAUUAGAGUAUCUCGUUAAUAUUUUAAAUCCAAUUUUAAUCAAUUAUUUAAUCCCAGGAGUUAAAAAUACGCCGUAGUUAUUCCUAUACAAUGUUAUACAUGUUAUUUACCAAAAACCAAAUGUGCUGUUUUAGUUAGUGACAUAAUACAUAACCGAACUAUUUGACGGACUGAAAACUAUUUAAAUAGUUUAUAAUCGGUUUUAGAAAAAUCUAUUCCGAUGAAAUAUUUGAUGGUUGAUUUGAACAUUGAAUUAUUGAAAACUAUUUGAAAGUGUCCAUCGCUAUUUUUAAUACUUUACAAUAAUCUGCAUGCAUAAAUAGAGAAAUAUUGACGGAAUAAUUACUUAAUGAUUCACUAUUCACUGAUCUAUAUCAACUCUCAAUCUAAACCACUGGGGUUAGACAUCCUAAAAUAUUGACAUUAGGUGCCUUUUAUACUGUAAAUGUCCACUAAGAAAUAGGUGUUUUUUUUUAAAUUCUACCUCGAGGGAGGGUAAAAUAGGAAUACAAAGUUUUAUGCAGAAUUUACAAAAUAAGUGUAUCUGGAUUUUUGAACAUUUCACUUCAAAAGUAUUAAAUAUGGGAGUCACAAAGUUUAUAUACACAUAUAGUAUCAGCGCACUGUAGAAAUCGCUGGGUCUUGAAUCUUGAAAAGUAUUCCUUGUACAAGUAUAAUGUAGAAGACCUCUAAGGAAUGCUAGGUCGAAAUGUUUGACGGCGGGAGGCUCACAUUAGAACUAAUUCAAACCAAAACAUACUUUAUACACACUAUACUCUAUACUAAACUUGAUCGACAUUUAAAAUAUACACAAGUGAAGCCGGGUAAUAUACAAGGUGAUCCGUUGAAGUGGAUGCACUCAUUAUCUUGGAAAGUAUUAACUUUUUCGUAAUUUGUUUUGUAAAAAAUUUAAGAAAAACAGGAAGCAGCUCUAAAAUUUUACAUUUAUGUUAUUUUUCGUUACUCAUAUUUUUAUGGAUAAAACCAUUACCUACUUUUGAUUAACGCUGACAUUUUUGAUUUCCGUCAAUCCGUUGACGAGAUGUUCCACUUUUAAGUUUGGAUCGUGAGAGGGGGGUUAGAUAAGAGUAGUAGUGCAUUAUUUAAACGGCACGGGUGGCACCGCAAUACAAAUAAUGCACCACUAUUCUCCCCCAGCCCAAAUUUAAAUGUAGAAUAUUUCGUCAACGAAUUGACGAAAAUUAAAAAUAUGAAUAUUAACAUUUAUUUUAACUAAUACUUCAUCUAUUUAUAUCAUUUUUGAUAUAAGUUGCCAUUUGAAAAUCAAAAUUAAGUAGGUAGUGGUUUUACCGUCCAAAAUAAGGGUAACGAAAAAAAACAUUAAUGUAAAAUUGUAGAGCUGCUUGUUCUUUUAAAUGUUCUAUAAAAUAAAUUCUUGCAAAAAGCCUUCGUUAAAUUUCGUCAGCAACAUAUAUUCUAUUUUUUUAAAAGUCCGUACCUAAAAGUUUUAAUUUUUAAUUUAGGAGGGAUUACAUCCGAAUAAGUGAGUAAUUUUAAAAAAAUUUCUCGUAAAAUAUUAUUUAUUUAAUAUUUCGUGUUAAUUAUAUGUUAUUCAUAUUUAUAUGUUAAUCUACUAGGACAAAGAAAUCAGCAUAAAUUUGAAUUGGAACAAAACAGAUCCGAUGCCCAGGUACGAAGACCCAACAAAUACUCACGGUACCAGAUGCGCUGGUGAAAUCGCAAUGGCCGCAAAUAAUACAAAGUGCGGUGUCGGCGUCGCUUACAACGCGAAAGUUGGAGGUUAGUAAAAUUUGAUUUUAAUUUAAACUUUUAGUAUGAAAUUUCGAUAUUGUUUUUAGAUAAAGAAAUACGUUUUUAAUAGAUUUACAAACGACAAAUCCAUAUUUAAGUUUUUAAUUAUCGCAAGAAAAUCAAUAUUUAUUUUUGGUAUAUCUAUAUAUAUAUAUAUAUUCUACAGAUAAAAAAAAAAAACAACGACUGUAUUUAGAUAAAUUUUUUUUUUAAAACCACAGUAAGGAAUUAAUUACUUAAUAUUAAAUUGUUUGUGACUUAUAACAUCCUUCAGAGGACCAUUUCGAAAAUUACAUUUUCUAAACUUUCAAUAGAUAUUCAUUAGUUUUUUCCGACAAAAAGUCGUGUGCGUGAACUGAAUUAUUUAUUAUUACAUAGGUUUACUGAUAAAAUAAAAUGUUAAAAUUUAAACAUAGAAACCUUCAACGAAUGCAAUGAAAAAUGCACGAGCGUCUGACAGGUAGGAAUGAGGUUGAAAGGUUGAAAAAGUGUGAAGUGGAUUAAGGGUAUGAACAAGGAUGAAUGGGGUGACAGUAGUCAUAUAAUGGGUGUGGAGGUGAAUAUAGCUAUGGUGCUUCACGUGAUAUUGUUAAGACAUAAGAUGCGCAUGUGUAAGCGAUUAAAGAAAAUGCGUGGUGAAAACAGGGAAAGUUUACCUAAAUAGAUCUUUGCUUUUACAUUCAUUAAGUCGUCAACUGCCAGAGUGAACACAUUAAUAUUAUUCGAUUAAGUCAAUAAAGCGAAGCAAAUGGGAUUGUAGAUAAGUUCUGAUAAAUUAUCAUUAACUAAUGUCAAUAUCUGUUAUCCCUUAUCAGUUGUAUUUUACUUAUACUUCUUAAAAUGUAUCUUAUUUUUUAGUAAUAUCUUUUAUACAAUACAGUGUGAAAACGCAGGUUGAAAACACUCAAUUUCCUUGCAUAGGGCCACGCAGUUUGAAUUUGAAUUUUUUAGUUGACAGUUGCUAUACUUAGUAAGUGCUUCAUGUUUUUACUCGUUCGGAAUCUUAUGGAAAUAUUGGAAAUAUGGGAAUAACCGCAGAUCUUAUCAAUUAUUUACUUUAUAUCUCCUAUCAAUAUUCUUAUCUGUGAUUUUUAUACAUCUUCCUUAUAUCUAAGAUAAGACUUAUCAAUAUUUUGUGUCAUAUCAUAUCAUCGUGUGCGGCAAUUUAACCUUUCCAGCAAAAUUCUCAUUUACAUUAAAAUACUAUGCUAUAUAUGUAGUUUGCAACUCAAUCGGCACAAUUUUCGUUUUAGAUCAGAAUAUUGGAGUGAAUAAUAUUAUAUUGUAUGUAUAAGUUAUUUUUAGUUUUGCAGAGUGAUACUUGGAAAUUUAGAUUUUUGAUAAGAUAUAUUUUGAUCGAUAAUCGAAUGUAUAAUUGUAUUUUCCCAAAACGUUAAUAAUAUUAAUUAAUUAUAUCGUAUACGAUUUAAAAAUACGGAUUUCGUAAACCUUAAGAGUCCACGUUUCGGUUUUAUACAUAGUUUCCAUCCCAUGGCUUGUAUAAAUUACCAUCACUAAUUCCAUUAACUGUACCUACACGAAUUUCUCAAGAUAAAACAUUAGUUCAUAUAAUUCAUGUUGACCAAUUAUUAAUACCAAGAGAAAUAUUGAGGGAACAACACUGUUAGUUUCAUAUUUGUUGUACUUACAUAGGCAUUGUAUUGCUGGACGGAGAGACAAACGACGAGAUGGAAGCCGCCGCGUUGUUGAACGCUCUUAUGUUGGUGGACAUUUACAGCGGAUCGUGGGGACCCAAAGAUGACGGACUUUCGGUCGACGGACCCGGAGUUAUAGCGCAGAUGGCGUUUGAAAUUGGUGCGACAAAGGUAAAAUUAUUAUGAUUUUAGUCUGUACUUGUUUCAAACCACGAACGUUUUUUGACAUACAAACCUCGUAAACGACUCAUUAAUCGACAUUAAGAGUGGUUUCUGGUAGAUAAUUUCAUCUAGUUGGUGUAUUGAGGAGGUCUUUUAUUGAUUUUCAUUGAUGGUUUUUUAACGCGGGGAAAUACCGGAAAUUUUUUUUAUUGUUGUAUCUAAUUUGGUGAAAAUAAUUUUAGAAACUUAAAACUUUCACAGAAUAUUCCUAUCAGCAGACGUUUUAUUGUCGUAGAGUUACAAUUUUCAUAAUAUUACUACUUAUUUGAUUUAUUUGAAAAUUUAAACUUUUCGAAAAUUUGAAUUGGUUUCAUAUAUCAAUAUAUAUAUAAAUAUAUUGGUCUUGCGAAUAAAUAAUUUAUUUUUAUUUUUUUAAAUUCAAAUGUAUAAAAUCACGAAUAAUUCAAUAAUUUAUUUUGUAGUUGUAAGUUAAUACAAUUUUAAAUUUAGAUUCAACUUUACAUCAAAACGUGCAUUUGACCGCUCUUUGUUUUAAAUCGUUUUUUAUUUGCAAUGUAGUUGUGCACAGAUAUUACACUUUAUAUAUUAUCCUUCAAAACUUCCCACUUACAACAGUUCAACGCUUACUGUGCGAAAUAUGUCAGGCUUCAAUUAAUUGCCGUUAAGAGAGUUUAAUAUGUAAUCCUGUGUAUUAAACACAACAUGUCCGGAAUUUGAUAAAAAAAAAAAUAUAUUUCGGUUCAUUAUUUGGAUAGUUGAUUUCAAAGAGUGAAAUUAUUCCAAAAUCUAUCAAAUUGUGAACUUACAAAACGAUAAAAAUAAGCGAAUGUUCAAUGAAAAAAGACACGAGCUAAAAUUCAUUAGGUAACGAAAAACGACGACUUUAUUUAGCAAUUUAUAAUAUAUCCGAUCAUUGUAUAAAAUCUAAAUUUGUAUGAUAAUUUUAUGUACACUCGCUUUACAUAAUAUACUACACAAAAACAAGAAACCGACAUUUUGUCGUUUCAUAAUGAUUACUUUAGAAUAGGUACGGUUUUUACUACUUUUUAUAUAAGUGACUUUUAUUAAUUUAUGGCGUAAAAUUCAGCCGAUCGAAGUUCGAAAUUAAUCAGAAUUGUUUUUUUUUUUUUUUUGUAAACGAUUAAGUAAAUUUCUAGAUAUCUAUUGCAUGCACUUAAACGUGAGUCAAUACGAAUCCGACCUCGGUGAAUUAUUAAUCACUACCAUUAUUAUUUUUAAUUAAUAUUUCAGCGUAUAUCAUAAGUAUUAGAUCAAAUUGUACAUGCUGGAUUAAGAGAGAAUUGAAGGAUUUAAUGACUUUACUAUGAUGUAUGUUUUUAUAAAAACAUUUUUUUCUGUUUGUAAACAACUUUUCAGACAGAAAAUUUGCUCUGAUAUAUCAAGUGUCACAUAUUUUCUGAAAAAUAAAAAAAUGUUAUCUAGUUAGUGUAAAGAGAUCAUCUUUUGGUUCUUCAAGCUGUUUUCAAAAAUUAUCGGGAAAAAACAGGAAAGAAAAUUAUAAAUGAUAUCAUGUAAAAAUUAACUUCCCUUAGAAUUGUUUUUCGUUAACUAUGGUUUAUCAUUGCUCUUUUAGAUUCUGAGUGUAGUGAGGAAUGUAUUGGUUUUACAAAGAUGUUUAUUUUUUUUAUCCUGUGUACGAAAAUUCGACCAUAAACCUUGCUCAGAUAUAUACGCGCGGUACCAUUUCUGAAAGGGAAUGUUGUCCAGAUGGUACUUUUGGGAAGUUAUAUUUCGAUUUUCCAAGUGGUUUUCAUAAUAUUUGGGAAAAUCCAGGAUAAAACGUAAGAAAAACGGGAAAUUUAAGAAAUUAAUGAUUUUAUUAUUUUAUCAAUCGUGUUAUUUGUUAUUUGUUAUUCAGUUAAAAAUAUUCGUAGAGACUUGAAAUUGAAAGCAGAUAUUAGGGAUCGCAAGUUCAAACUUUCGGGGUUUGAUAGGAAAUGUUUGCACAUUUUUUUUCCUUUCAUCUAAAUAGGGAAAAAGAAAAGCAUUUUAAGUGUAUUUAGAGACCUACCUAUCACUCGCUUGGACGAUUUUAAUCGAAAACUACCCCUCGAUUUGUUGUGUAAACUUUUCUACCAGAAAUCUUGCUCCCAUACAUCAAGUGCAGCUUAUUUUCUUAAAGGAAAUAGUUUCUCCAUGGUUUAGGGAGGUCAUUUUUCGAUUUUUCCAAGAGUUUUCUAAGCAAAUGUAAAAAUCCGAAAAAAACAUGGAAAAAACCCAGGAAAAACCAAAAAAUCUAUAAAAUAUUAAACAAAUAUUAUUAAAGAAAAUAUAUAAUGCUUAUUUAAUUAUUUUACCAUAAUAUGACGUAUAUAUUGUUGACAAAUCACUAUUAACUGAACAGCGCUCAGAAUCGUUUUUUCGUUAACAAUGGUUUAUUGUUGCUUACAGAUGUACAUUAAAUUACCUAUAACAGUGGUUGCACCCGUCUACAUUAACUUAGGACAUCUUUUUUUUGUUUACACCUAAUUUUAUGAUAGCGAAUUCCCCGUUUGUUAUUUAUUUAUUCGUUUUAAUUAUUUACGUAUACCUAUGGUACUUACAAUGCGUAUAGCGUGUAUUUUUGUGUAUAAGUUUAGAAAUUCGGAACGGAUAUAAAAUGUUUCUUAUUAUAUUUCUCUCUCCGUCGCCGGUCAAAUAAUGAAGACAUGUAACUUGAGCGUGCUAUUUAUAAUACCUGUUACGCCGCGUAAAUUUAAGUCAUUUGAACGAAAGAAUGAAAAAAACAUAAGGUUACUGUAAAACAUAUAAAUAACAUAUUCAAUUUAGCUAUUUGGGACAAACAAAUAUUCUUUCUAUGGUGGACAGUGAUUAUAGAAUAGAUAUUUAUAUUAUUUUGUCAAUAUAAAUUAAAAUUAAAAUUUUGUUUUAGCUACGCAAUGAAAAAGUUUUUAAUAAUAGAUUUAUUUUGAAUAGUAUAUUAGUAACGAUUAAUUGUAUUCGGUUUUGUGGCACUUUUUUGUUGACAUUAAGAGGUCAUGUUGAAAAUUAAACAUCUCUCAACCCAGGUAUUUUUUGAUGUUGGUGUUAACAACAGAGUUACAGCAAAAAAACUCACAAAAAUUUAAAUUCUUUAAAAGCUCAAAAGUAGCUCUAAAGUUUUGGUAACAAUUCCGUAAGAAAGUAAUUCAAAAAGGCAAUAAAAAAGGUAUCGUGUGAUUUUUCGAUUAAAUCAUUUUUCGGGUAGAAAAAGUUGUCCGUGUUUUUAUAAAAUAAUGCAAUCGUGAAGUUGUAUGUUUUUCUACGUUUUUUCCACAUAAAUGCUUUUAUUUUAAAAAUGGCGUUGAAAAUCUAUAAAUGACCUGUUUAAUCUAGACAAUUUGAACUUUUAGAAAAGUUACUAAAAUAUCGAAUUUACUGGGAAAAAACGUGUCCCCUUCUUUUGAGUGUAUUUUAAUAAUUAAAAACAAAUAUUAUUAGGUCGGAUUACUCAGGUUUUAUAGAGUAUUUGAAUUGAUAUUUGUACAUGUUAAUGUAUUUAAUACUAUAGGUGAACUUUAUGAUUGGGUAUGCUAAAUCUAUAAAUAAUAUACACGAACCCAAAGCUGUAAUCAAGCCUUCGCCAAUAAGUUUAUACAUAAUCUUACUUACAAAUCCUCUGUCUAAAGCCUUUGAACUACUUAAAAUAAUCUGGAACAAAUCAAUAUUGAAAUUUAAUUUAGUAUGUGUAUUAAAUAUUAACGUGUGUGUUUUGUAAUAUUAAAAAAGAUUAAAGAUAUACAUUAAAUUUUCUUCUAUAUCCUACUUUUCCAAUUUUCCAUCUACAACAAAGGCUGUUCCCGUCCCUAUUAUCCAAAGACAGCUUUUUAUUUCUUUUUAGAAACAAUUUUUCUCCUAGAAAUGUUGCAAUAAUCAAAACAUGACAAGCGAUCUUUUUUAACGAAUUUGCCUCUUGUUGGUACUUUAGACUGAUAAUUUUUCAAAAUUCUUGUAAAUAUUUGAGGUGUUGAGUAAUGACUAUAUCUCAAGGGUAAAAAAUAUAUUUUUUUUUAUCAUGAAAUUUUUAUUAUUUUAUCGUUUUAUCUUUUUUAAACAAUCGUUAUUGUUGUCGUAAAAAUACUCAUUAUUUAAAGAGAUGGAUCAUUGAAUUGUAUUUUUAAUGUACACGUGAACUGAAUUUUCAUAAGUAACAAGUCCUUUAUAAAAAUCGUACAAAAUAUGAUUUUUUAACAACAGAUAUCACUUACAUAUUUUAAAGUAUACAUAUUUUAGGUUUAUUUUGAAUUAAAAACUAAAAUAUGACUUGGAUGUGAUGCGAACACAUUGUUCUGGGUUAUCGAGUUCUUUAUAAUAGUGAUGAUUUAUGAAUGAAAAUUCUAAAGAUAAUUUUAUAAUUUAAUGUUUUAUUAGAUGCUUUAAUAUAUUUGUGGGAAAAUAUGUGGAUUGUUUUAUUUUUAAUGUGUGAAAACUCUUUACAAGUUUUGUGGCCGGCAUAUAAUAUCAAAUUAAAUUUGAAUUUUAAAUUCUGAGUGGAGUAAAAAACCUUAUGGUUUUACAAAUAUGUUAUUUGUUUUUUUUUUCAUCUGUGCGCAACUUUUGCGACUUGUUUGGAUUUCUACGUGUAGCACCUUUUCUGAAAGAAAAUCGGCGUGGGGAGAUACUUUACUACAGCAAUUUUGCCUCAACUUAAAAUGAUAGCAAUGCUUCUAAAAGGGUAUUUACUAGGGAGGUACUUUAAAGAUGUCAUUUUUCGAUUUUCUCUGUAGUUUUCUCAUCAAAUAUAAAAAAUCGAAUAAAAAACCUGCGGAAAAACGAGAAAAUAUAAAUCACCUUACCGGUCUCUCUGUGCUUAAUAUUCACCAAAAUAUAUCCAUACAUUUUGCGGACAUUAUUUCAAGAUAUGGAUAAAACAAAACAAAGGAGAUUAAACUUUGUUUUUUAAUAUUAAAAUUAUUAAAUAUUUUUUUUAAUUUUACGUGCAGUGAUAACAUUGCUCUCUUCAAAGUUAUUUUGUAUACUUUUCUCGUACACUUUUCUUGAUCACGUUUGCUUUGUUUCGUCCUUUACCGUGUCUUUUUCAUCUGUACAUGUUUGCCUGCUCUUAUACUCUGCGACUUUGAAGUUUCGUGCCGUUUCGAAAUCCGUUCAGUUUUUCUUUUUGUUCGUUUUUUUCUAUUUCUGAUAACAAGUAUAUACAGGGUAGGAUUUUUUAAAGUAUACUCGCUUUGCUUUUUUUGUUGUUGAGUUAUUUCUAAAAUAAAACUCUGAUUUUGGGAAUUCUUGAGUGCAGUGAAGACAAGGUUUUUAAAUAUUUUGAUUAUUCACAACAUUUUAGGAGGAUACUGUGGUAAUUCCAACUUUUGUUUUUUAAAUGAUACAUGUUUCAAUGCAAACUACUGUCAAUCAAAUGAUUUUGCUGAAAUUGUUGACGUAUUGUAAUCGAAAUUUUAACGAAAAGUUUCUCCUACUUUAAAUACUACUGGAUAAUAACGCAAAACCGAACCUCGAUAACCACACAAUUUAAAACAAGAAAUUGCUUACUCUUAUGAAACAGUCUGUUUUCAAUCUCCCAAAAGCCUUUUAAUUUAGUAUUUAAAGCAGAAAAACGCGGACAAUUUUUAUUUAAAUUUCAAUAAUUACAAUAUGUCAACAUUUUCAGAAAAAUUAUUUGAUUGACAAUUUGUGUUAAAACAAUAUAUGGGUUCUCAUAUGAAAAACCAAAGUUGUUAUCAACACGUGAUACUUCUUAAAUGUCGUGAACAAUCUAAAUACGCGAAGUUAUCGUAUUUUAGUGCACUUAAAAGUUCCAAAAAUCAGAAUUUAAACCUAUGGAUAAUUUAAAAUGGGGUGAACACGAUAAAAAAAAAUCAUUCUGUAUGCAUAAUAUUAUACACCGUCUUCAAACGCCAUAAUCCACGGCUGAAAUACCAACGUUAUCGCGUGUCAACAACAACACAACUUUGGAAUACGAUUUAACUAUACAUACACGUAGGUAAAUAAAUUCAUACGACCCCUGAGAUCGGCUAUACGGAUUUUAGAUUUUGUCCGGUGUGUAUACUUAGAACGGUUUUAUGCCCACGGCGGACAAGGUCGGUAAUUCCGAUUAGGUACGCGCGAGUGAUGAAACAAACAUCGAUAAUAUUACCAUGCAAGUAUAGCUGUUUGUAGUUUAUACUUUGAAAACGGUUAAAUAACGCGCCUGAUAUUAUAAACUUCGGGGAGAAUUCGUUAACAGGAUUCCGAAAUUAUAUAAGACAUUUGCCGUUAAAGUUUAAUGGUGUCAGACGCAUAGACACGACCCUGUACUAUCCCUCGAGUGAAAUUAUUUUUGUUCGUUACAUUUUGCAUUUAACUUUUACGAUUUUUCGUAGUGCUACGUGCUAUGGGAGGCGAUUUAAUUUUUCACACUUUCUCGUCUUAAUUUAGUCCAUCAUGUUUUGUAGAAUAUAAUAUAAUAAUUGGCUAUAAUACGUAUUUCUUCAAUGAACGGUUAUUUUAAGGCGAAUGUGAAACCUAAAGGAUUUAGUGUGAUCGGACGAGGCGGAAAUAGGUAUCGGAGAUACCUACUGCACGUAACAAAAGGGUUCCAAUCAUUAUUAUUUAGCUGAAAAAAAAGUUGCAUAAAACUGCGACGAUACCGGUAAAGUGUAUGUUGUGCAGUAGACAAUAAUAUGGAACAAAAUACUGUUAGUGUAGUAGAGAUAAAAACAAUAUAUGUGGAUGGGUCACUAGAGAAGAUAAUAGCAAUGAAUGAGUUUAUAAUAAAGGUUUAUAGUUUCGGCAUUGUUACAUGUUUCGGUGGUUGAUCGGCCGAGAAAGAAUAAACUUAGGUGGUUGGGCCAUGUGUAGAGUCGAGUCGAGGCUUCCAAGGGCGAUUUUAUGAAUGAAUGUGACCGGAAAUGGGUAAACCGAUAAACAGAUGGAUAUAUAUAUAACCGUAGAUACGAUUGAUAAGAGUGAUAUGCGGAGUGCUGAAAUUUGAUGUGUAAACGAUGUGAGAGACAGCGUCAAGUGGACAGUUAGCUAGGUUAUUCUAUAGGUAUUCAAAACAGCUUUCGCGGUCCAUUUUUCGUUCCACACUUGCGCAUACUUACUUACUUAAUGGGGCUUACAGUUUAUACAAAAUUAACAUUAAAUGUUGUUUUUCCAGGGCCGGAACGGUAGAGGUGCGAUAUACGUGUUCGCGUCUGGCAACGGACGCAUUCAAUUAGACAACUGCGCCGCGGACGGGUACGUCGGCAACAUACACACGGUGGCCAUAAGCAGCGCUACGAUCGACGGCAAGGCUCCCGCGUACGCCGAGAGAUGCGCCGCCGUCAUAGCGACAGCUUACUCCGGCGGCAUCGACAGCGGUAUCAAAAUCGUAAGUGAUAACAAGUUAAUAAAAUAUCGUUGUUGUUAUUAAUAUUGUCAUCGUGGGUUCCUUGAACGCCGGUCGAAAAUAUUGUUUAUCGCUAAUUUAGGUGUAGAAAUUAUUGAACAGAUCAGUGACGUAGCCAGGAUUUUCCAAUGGGAAGUGAGGGGGUGGGGUAUAAUUAGGUCUAUACAACAGGUAUACAUAAAACAAAUUCUUCAUUUUGUUAUAUUUUAUUUAAAACGUUUUUAAAGGUCAAAAUUUGUAAUUUUUAUUUUUCGUACGAAAUACCGCCCGGUUUAUAAUGAUACUGGUAAAUGGUAUAGGUACUGAAGCGUUCGCGAACGGAAUCGACCUCUGUUUACGAUGGUGGAAAUUAUUUUUAUUUCGGGGAUUCGAUGACCUGCAGAGUGCUCGAAAUAAACGUAUAUAUGAAUAACUGCUUUAGGAGACCCGCUGAAGUGCGCAGUUUAUGACGCGAAUACACUAUAUAUUAUAACAUAAUAUACGGUUUUGAAAAAUUCUCGAAAACUUAAAAUAUCCGCAGAACUCUGUAUUAAAUCCGCGUUAUUCUGUGCGAACGGCACAAUAAAGCAGUUCUGAAAGUUGAUCAACGACAAUCGUUUUUGGCCGUGAUUACCGUCGUUGAAUCGUAUGACGAUAAAAUCUGGUGUACAUUUACUCGAAUGAAAUUCUUCGCUCAGGUACUGGACGAGAAUGACAAUACAGAGUGUUACACAAAGACAAUAUACGUAUUGUGAUAUUUAGGAAAGUAUACAUAUAUAUUAUUUUUUAAAAAUUUAUUUAAGAAGCAAGCAGCGAAAAGUGUUACAUUUCCAUUAUUUUCGGGGAUGGAACAAUAACUCAUUUUUGAUUUUAAAAUCAAUUAUAGCAACUUGUAUUAAAGUGUUUACAAACAGAUGGAGUAUAUUAAGUGUAAAAACCAUUUCGGCGAGGGGAAGAAUAAUGGAGCAUCAUUGCGUUUUCUCUACGAUAAAUUAAAAAUGCAAUAUCUCGUCGAGGGAUAGACGGAAACAAAAAAAAAUGUCAACACUAAAAUUUAUUGAAACUAUAAAAUAUACCAAAUUUAUUUAUGUAGUUUUUAACAUAGGUUGCCGUUUGAAAAACAAAAAACAAGAGUGACAAAUAUAACGGUUAUAUACCUAAACAUUUUAGAAAUGCUUAUUAUCUCUUAAAUUCUCAAAAACAAUAAAAAAAAAAAAAAAAAGGGUGUAUCUUCGCGGGACACCUUUACGCGAUAUUUCGAUCGGGUACACACUAGAUAAAGAUAUGAUGUAUGAACUCGAACAUAAUUCUUUAGUUUCAAAUCGGUUUUAGGCAAAAAUCGAAUGGUAUACAAAUACUACAAAUGAAGCUAACUGAAACGUAUUCAAUAUUUUUAUGGAAGAAACAUUAUAAAUACUAUAAAAAGUAUGAUUGAUUUUUGCGGGUUUAUUUCGAUGACGGAUUAUAUUAUAAUAACGCACCUAUUAUUAUUAUACCAUCGAGCUGCGUCGUUUUGAUAGAUCGGGCGCGUACGCACGGCCGAUUCAUUAUUAUUAUUAUCAUCAUUCAUAAAAAAUAUGUGCUAUAAUAGGCGGAUAUAUAUGGCGUUUAAUUAAUUUUCAGUGGCGGUAAAAACCGCGAUGGAACACAGUGGUACGAAAUACAUAUUAUAGAUGGACAGAACUAUACCUGCUUUGAAAAAAAAUUAAGUUAAAAACUGCAAAUCAUUAUUAUUGAACAUCGAUAACUAUAAUACAUUGAGAUGGUUCAUGUACUGCAGAUAAAACCCUAAUUUUAGUUGUCAAAACAGUUAUAGAACAAAUUUAAACGAAAAAUUAGUUUUAAAAAAAACCUCUUCUAUAUAGUUGGACAACAAAUGAAUAAAAAAUAGCAUUAAAGUUCGAAAAGUUCGGAAAACUAUUAUCCCAGUAAGAAAAACUCCUGCAUCUCAGGAAGUUCGAAAACAUAAACGUUGAGAUUUUCGGCCCAAAUCACACGUGCGAGGAAACGAGAAAUUCUAUCGGAUGAAUCUCAAAAAAACGACGUCUUAAUUAAUUUUCGAGUCGAGUAUACGUAUCUAUAUAAAAAAAAAACGACUCCGAUGAAAAUAUUUAAUUUAAACAGGGAAAAAAAAUACGAGCGGAUGAGGUUGACUGCGUAACAAGAAAGUUCCGUCUGCACUGAUUAUACGCGAGAAACGCGUCGUCGUAAAAUAAUAAUAAAAAAAAAAAAAACUAAUAAUAGGUAAUUCGCGAACUUUUCACGUCUUUUAAUUUACUACAGGAUUUGACGGGAUGAGAACGCACAGUGAGUCAGAAUUUAAUAAUAGUUGGCCUUCCCAAAAACGAUGUCAUUAUUAAUUAUUGAUUUCUAUUUAUUAUUUGAUUCUUAACCUAUCAUAAGUUUUAAUAUAAUAAGUAUAUAUUACGAUAUCAGAGUGCUGAUUAUUUAUUAUUUAUUUAUGGAAUUUAUGAUUAUCAUAGUUGAAUUUAUUCUCAUUUCACUCUUCAAUUUGAUGUCAGUCUUUUGUAACGUGUUUAGCUACUAAAAGUUAAAUUUAAACCGUAUACAAUUUGUAUUCCCUUCCAUGUAGAUUCGUCGGAAACGUUGACACGUAAGUUUUAUUGUUUAGAAAAAUUUAAUGAAUAUUUCUUAUUUUAUAAUUAAACUAUUCAAAUCUACAUUAUCGAAUUUUAUACCAAUACCCUUUAUUUGAUAGAAAUAUAUAUUUUUAGUCUGAAUACCUCUGUCAUUAAAAUUAAAUUAAUUUAUUUUAAAUUCAAUAAUUAAAAAAAAUUGUGAAAAUCGUUAAAAAUCCCUUAUAAAGUUGUAGUGUGCGUUUUGUAGGUAUAUUAUAAUUAUUAAACUUGUGAUCAUUUUGAAUUUAUACAAACAAUUGAAGGUAACGUCCGUAUUACCUAUACGGUAUGCGACAGUUUUUAAAGUUAUGUUAUCUGGUUAUCAAAGAAAUCGAAAAGCAUUCAGUGAAUACGAGAAUAUACAAGUUUUUAUCUUAUACUUAACAUAUCUUUUGCAAUGAUAAUAACUAUGAAAAUUCCUAAUCGGAAUAUCAUAUUGCAUGCAUGCAUACAUCUAAACUAAUACUGAAAGGAUAUUUUUAACCACAUUCAGUCUUAUACUUAUUUUGAAAACAUUGUUAUUUGAUAAAUACAAUAAUCGUAAUUGAAACUGACACUUUGAAGUUUAUAAAAAAAUUAAUUUGUAAGCACUUCUUUGGCAUUAUAAUCUUAAUCAAAAUAAUUAUUUAUAAUAACCAUUCUAAUAUCAAAAUCAGUAUUACGUAUUACAAAUCGCUUUUAGUUUUAACUUAUGUGGAAUUAAAACAUAAUUAAAAAUUAAAUUAUUCCAUUAGAUAAUAUAUAGUUUUGGCUAAGAAUGUGAAUUAUCUGGCCCACUAUGGAAAGGGUUAGAAAUUGGGAAAUUGGGCCACCGUCGUUUUUUUUUUUAUCUAACGAUGAGUAUUUCGAAUUUUUAAGUCAAUAUACUUUGUCUCAUUUUUUAUUUCUUAUCGGUGGCUACACUAUUUUAUAAUAUCCCGGUUCGUACACAAUAUCAAAUAUUUUCCCAGACUUCUAAAAUCCAUUUUAAAUUAAAAAUAAUAACAGAACCAGACAAUAUUAUUACGUGUCAUUAUGUUAAAAUUCAUUAAAAAAAACCGAAAAAUUAGGUACACAGCUUAUAACAGCUUAUUAAAAUUAAAUUCGAUUUAUAUUUAUUGAAACGUAAUAACGUCGUUCAGAAUCAUUUUACUUUUGCAAUGAUUGCGUAUACGUCUACAUUUCUAUAAACGAAGUCGAAGAUAACACAUUUAAAGGCAGACACAAAUUUACUGCUUUAAGAAAUUUUGACAUUCAAUUCGAAAACUAAUAAUAGAGGACCAAGGAUAUGACUCGUACGUACAAAUAAUGGGGGGAAAAAAAAAGCAAACAAUAGAGAAGAGUGGAAGAAGAUUGCAAAUAAAUAUACUGAUUGAAACUAUAGAGAGAAAAAGAAUGUUGUUGAAAAAAAAAACGAAAAGCGAGCAUAAUGUUUGUAAAAAUGAUAUUAGCUUCCGUAUUGACCGUUUAUCGAUUCGUUUACCAUUGUAAUAUAGGUUAAAAUCGAACACAUUGUUGUUGAUUUUCAAACAAACCUUUCAUUAUGUUAAAAUGUACUCUUAUGACGGGAAACUGCAGCGGUUGCUUAUUGAAAUUCUUAAAGCCACGGUGAACAAAUAGAAAGUUUAUAUUGGGGAAAUUGACAGUGUUUUAGUUUAUACUCUUUAGUGAGGGGUGUCAGUAAGUUAAAUCGUGAAGUUUUGGGCAUUUAACUUAAGCGUUUUAGUAAUAGAGCUUUAUGUCUAUAAACGAAAAUUAAUCGAAACGUUGCUACGGUAUUUUUAAUAAUAAACUAGACGGAUUUUUUUCGAUCUUUUGACUUCGUGGGAUAAAUUAUUUUUUGAGUAUAGAAAUAAGACUUGAAGUGUUUGAACGAUCAGUCGACUCUGAAACUAUCCGAUAGUUGCGUUAAUAUUACGUCACAAUGUUGAACCAAGGAACUUAAUAGUUCCAACGACCGAACACGAUAAAAGAGUGAUGUAGCUAAUGUGGGUAAGACAAGUUCAGAGAAAAGUGGGCUAUGGAUCAAAAUGGGGAAUUUAGGGAAGAUUCGAUUGGAAAAUUCGUAAAAUAUGAGCAAUUUCAGGUUUUGCGUACACACUAAAACCGAACCAGCUGGACUGACCGAAAAAUAUUCGGAUCGAAUUUUCAAAGUGAAAUUUCUUUACGGAGUGUGAUCGAAAAACAUGCUUCCAUUCUACGCCGUACCAGCCGAUCGGUCGUAUGUUCUAAUCUCAAAAUCAUUAAUUAAUUUUUUCCUUUUUUUCCAAAACUUUUUACACAACGAUAUACUUACUAAACUACGAAUAGCAACACCAUAUUCAACAUCUAUCAAUCCCCCCAUGCCCUACAAUCUUAACAACUACUAAUCCAUAUAUCUUUCUACAUAUUCCACCAUACUUCUACUCCCCUCCAACUCCAAUCUACCCAUAUAGCUCCAUCUACCCUAUUCCAAAAAAAGAUGAGCGUGCAGAACCCGACUGCCGGCGAAAAUUUCGACGAGGCCAAUCGUCGUGACGAAAUCGAAUCAUUUAGCGAACCGCAUUCAACACUACAACAGCGAAAAGUAUUUAAACAUGGAAUAAAUUCUCAAAAAAUAGAACUUAUUGAAAUCGUUUUUCGGUUUUACGAGCCAUUCGUGAGCAUAAUAUCUAAUACCAUAAGACAUUAUAAAGCUACGCAAUAUGUAUAAUGUAUAUGUUUGAUAAGGAAUAACUUCUAGGGGAUUUUACGGGAUUAACAAUAAAAUUGGUGUUUGAACUAAUUCAAUUGAACUAGUUCAAUUGAAUUAUCAUAACAAUUCAGGAUAGUAGUGCCCUGAAACUCUCAAGCAGAGUACUUUAGACAACAUUGAAACAGUAUGUACUAUUAUUAUGUAUAAAUGUAUAAUAUAUAGGAAUAAUGUUACAAUAUUAUUAAGUUACGAUAUCGAUAAUUAAACAACUUUGUUCGACUAUACGACAUAACGUAAUUAUCAAUAAGUUGACGUUAAUUUGUAUCUGUUCGCGUAUUUUUUCUCUCGAAAACUCCAUAAAGCUAAUAAUCUUCUAAUAAUAGAAUAUUACUUAUAUACCGAUACGAAAAAAAAUAAAUAAAAAUAUGACCAUUGAAAAUCUGUUAAAAAAAACGUAUACUCUCGAUGAGCUUAUAUCAGCAACAACAUAUACUCCAGUGUGUUUGCCAACGCGUAAAUAAUAAUAAUAAAAAGAAAAAUCACUUCAAGACACGUUUAAAAAAAUAACAAUAUCGUUUCCGUAGAUUUUAUUUUUUCUAACAUGUGUUUUCGGAUUUUAUAUGAGACCAUUGGCACUCGAUUUCCGACGUGAAAACACUAAGAUAACAAUAUUAUUUAUUAAUGAGAGCCGCAGUCCGUCUGUAACGUUUUGUUCAUUUGCCAUGGCAACCAAAUAUAAAAUCAACUAUAACCCUUCAAUCGGUAUGUAUGACGGAAAUGCAACUAGUAAUAAUACAAUACCCUUGUUAAACCAGGUUAACUAUGUUAAGGGGAAUAGUGGGGUGAUUUGCUCUAGGGGGCUUCAAAGCAUUUUAAAACUACGGGGUGUGUUGUUUUAUUUUCGAAUGCUUUGCUUAAAGUAAUAAUGUGCAUUGUUUGGUAUAGUUAGAAGAACGUAUAGGUCUUCUCCUUUACCUUUAUCUCAACUAAUUAGGGUCGAUCAUCCUAGUUCAAAAUUUUCACUUCACUCUAUAUCCCACUUCAUAUACACCCGAUGUCUUCAUAUCAUUCUCAUUUGCUUUUUAGAACUUCUAUUUCUGGUCUUUCUUAGCUCUUUCCUCCUGCGUUUAUUUCCAUAGAAAUGCAUUCUGCUUUAAAUUUCUCUCUCUCCGUGACAAGCCCAAACCAUUUCAGUUUGUUUUCUCUCAUUUUGUUUACUAUCCAAGACACGCCUAAGUUAUCUCUUAAAUACUCAUCCCUUAUCCUAUCUUCUCUCAACACUUCACUUAUCUACAUGAGCAUUCUCAUCUCUGCUAUACUAAUUCUCUGUUAUAUUUUUCUGUCUACCAUCCAACACUCCGAAUCACAGAAUAUAAUCUCAUCAUGCGUAAAUACUUACUUACAAAAUAAUAACGUAGUAUGUGUACCUAAAACAAAUUUCAGGAGUAAGAAAAAAUCUUAUUUACGGAGAUAAAAUUUUGAAAUUGUAAUAUGAAUAAUAUAUAAGAGUAACAAAAAAAAAAAUGACAGAUUUGGGGAGUUAUCAGCUAAAUUAUCUCUUCAAAGGGAACAUCAAAAAAUUGAUGACAAUGAGUGUUAAAUGGCUUAAUACUACUCUAGUAAUUAUUAUUACCAGUGAUAGUAUAUAUUUAGUAAUAUUUCAGAUAUACAGAAUGAUUUCAUUUUUAUUAUCAUGAAAAUUUGAAAAUUGUUUUGGAUUUCUUUUACAGGUCACUUCGGAUAUUAACAACACGUGUACACUCAAUCACAGUGGUACAUCGGCUGCGGCUCCGUUAGCGGCGGGCGUAAUAGCUUUAGCUCUGGAAGCCAAGUAAAUUUUUAUAAUAAUUAUAAUAAUUUAUAUAAUUUAUAUUAAUCUUAUUAUUUCGUAUAUUAAAUUUAUCAACUUUUUGAAACAUUUUUGAACAAACAAAAUUAUUUAUAACAAAAAUACAAACCAUUUAUGAUAAAUAAAAUACAUAUUAUAUAAUAUAUUUAUAUGAAAAAAGGGGGACAAAAAUCGCUAUCAUAUUGUAUUUGUAUUAUUGUAUUUAUUCGUAUGGAAAAAAACUAUUUUUCAAUGCGUAUCUUAUUGAAACGGAAUCGUUUCCCCGUUGACAGUGUUUGAGUAUACGUUUUAACAUAAUUAAACGAAAACCACUUUAAACCACGGUCCACGCAGACAAAUAGAAAUAAUAUAUAUACAACUCAUUCCGAUCGGUCAUCUUUUUCUCUAUCGCUAAAGAACUGAAUAAUUUAACGAAUUUUAAGUACCUCUAGGUUUUAACAGUAAAACGAUUCUGAUUCAACAAUUAGAUUCUGAGUAGAGCGUGGAAUGUAUUGGUUUCAGAACGAUAUUCAUUUUCUUUUUCUUUCAGUGGACCGCUUUUCUACGAGCAAUUUUACUCCAAUUUUCAAGUAUAGCACUUUUUCUGAAUGGAAAUCUAAUUUUAACCGGGGAUAAACGUUGGAAAAACUGGAAUAUGUAUUAUUUAUUAAUUACAGCUUUUUAAAACAUGUAAAAACGAAUUCCGCUCAGAAUUAUUUUUCGUAAGCAAAGACUAAUCGUUGCGUACAGAUAUAUAUUACAUUUCCUUCUAUAUCCUACUUUCUCAACUUCUCACCUACCAUCCAUCGUGCGAAGUAUGCUUGUGUAAUUUUUUUUAAGUUUCCUUUGCCACUGUUGGAACUUUUAUAUUAUUGAAUUAUUACAUUUUAAAUCUUCUUCGUAAAAUUCAGCUAAUUUUUCAAAUUCUUCUUUUGUAAAAUUUCGUCGAAAAGAUAAUGAAAACUUGAUAAAAUGCCAAUAUGAUUAAGAAAUUUAGAUUUUGUUUGACUUAAGAAAGAUUCCAAGUAUAGAAUAAAAUCGAUAUGAGAAAAUAUUCUUUAGGAUUAUUAGUCGUUUAUUCUAUGCACUUGUUAUUAAUUCUCGGAGUACCCAUUGUUACACUGAACUCUACGAAGUUUGCUGGUACAUAAUAAAAACAAAUUCCUGUGUUCUUAUUUAAUAUUGACAAAAAUACAAUAAACUCGUGUUCACUGGUUCAUUCGUAUAGCUCUUGAAGUCAAAAUGAGACUAAUAGAAAAUAUGUAUUAACUGGGACUUUGGGAGGAUAUUUGAUUUCACAUGACAUUACAUAAAAUGUAAAAGCCACUAAUUUAUAUUUUUUGUUGAAGUUUAUUUUAUUUUGUUAGUGUAUUGCUAUACACUAAAAUCUAUCAAUAAUCAGUUUUUAUGUGAGAUAAAGUUAUUACCACAAAGUUACCUUGCCUUUUUCGCACUUUAUAUUUAGUGACAACUCAGAAUAACAUUAUUAUAAAUGUAAAUCUUCAAUUAUAAUUAAUAUUUAAAUAUGCUGCAGAAAAAUGUGUCUGUUUUUUUUUUUUUUUUUUUUGACUCUGGGAGUUCAAGUAUCCCAGACAACAGUGACCUAUCCGUGACCAAUAUCAACUUUUUAAUCAUAUCAUUUUAAUACUACAUUAUAGUAUUAUUUAUUUGUGAAAUAAUAUUAUUACUCUUCAUAUUUUUAGAUUCUGAGUACAGCUAAUAACAGUAUAUUGAUUUUACUAUGACAUAUGCUUUUUAUAUUUUUGUUUUUGUUUAUUAAUAACUUUUUUACCAAAAAUAUUGUUCUAGUUUACGAAUGUAGUAUCUUUUUUGAUAGUAAACUAUUGUGCCUUGUUGGUGUAUUGAAGAGGUUAAAGUAGGUUAAUUUUUCCUGUAGAGUAUUUGAAUAAUUGAAAAAGGAAAACCAGACAAAAACUUAGAAAAAACGCAAAAAUGUAUGGCUAACUUUUUCAUUACCUGUGUUGUGUUUUUUUAUACGGUUUGGAUAAAAAUAAUUUUGUAGAUACGAAAUCGUUACAGAAUACUACGUUGAUAUUAGCCCUUUCUUACAAUUUUCAAAAUAUUAUGGCGAUUUUCGAGCAUUAUUUAUAGGUUGUUGAUAUUUUCGAGGGUUUUUUAUUUGGGAGGACGGGAAGGGGACUGCGCGUAAUCUGUCUUAAAAAUCCUUACGCUGUCUCACCUGCGAGUGCCGGAUAGUACCCAAACGUAAUUUUACAAUUAUUACACGCGUUUGCAAUGUAGAUAAUAUCAAUUACUAUCGUAUACGAACACGUGUCAUACUUUGUAAAAUAUUACGCGUGUUUUUUUUCUGUUCGCUUGUUGUCGGCCAGCACAGUGCCGAGCUGACGUGGAGAGACGUACAACAUUUAUUAGCGAGAAACUGCGAAACGGCGCCGUUGAUGAACAACUUGGGCUGGUCCACCAACGCGGCCGGAUUCCGUUUCAAUCCCCAGUUCGGAUUCGGACUGUUGAACGGCUACAAAUUAGUAAAAGAAGCCGCGGCCUGGCGCACCGUUCCGGAGAAAUUCAUAUGUGCCGUGGACUUUGACAUUCCGUAAGUCGUCAAAAAUAUAUUAUGAUUUUAACAUGUUUAUUAUUAUGAUAAAUUAUAGGCUAUUAGUCGAUACAGCCGCUGUUUGGAUUAUACCGAUGAAUUUACUAAAUAAGAUUUUGGUCCGGGAAAUUACAAAAAAAUACAAAUUUAAACUGUGUAGAUAAUGGGUUUUCUUUUUAUCACUGAUAGUUUGAAAUUUGGAUAUUUUUUCCUUCGUAUACAUUUUCGAUAGAUUAAUUUAUUUUAAUGUUAAAGAAAUCUAGUUUUUUAUAUGCGAUUAAUAAUAGUACAUAUUUUCAAGAUAAAAAAAUCGGUUAUUUUUGAAAUUAUUCAGACUUGGUAUACCGCCACCGCUUCUAUUAUAUGCAUAGGGCCUGAUAAAUGAUUUUUUUUUUUUUUGCUCGUCAUUAAAUUAUACAUUUUGGUAAACCAACUCCUUCCUUUAAAAUUCUUGCAUAUCUAAAAAAAAAAAGGUCUAGCUGCUACGCCUAUAGUCAUUGAUAUUAUAUAGAGAUAUACGUUUUUUGAAAGAAAUCAUUGGAAAAAUAUGCUUUUAAAAAAAAGAAAAUAUUAUUUUAACUAUAAUAUAAUAAAAGUUUUGUAAAAAUAAAAAAUCGAUUCGUACUAACAUUUGUAUUUCUCUUCAUCUAAACAAACAAAAAAAUUUUGAUAUUUUUAACAAUGAUAAUUGAUAACAAAAAUUACAUUUUAACGAUUAAAAUUUUAAUUAUUAUCCGAUGUCACAUUUAACAAUUAACGAUUGGUGUAUGUUUUCAAUCAAAAAUGAUCGUCCGUUUGUCCGUUAAAAGAUUUUUGUAGCGAGAAAACGAACGUUCUACAUCGGUAACUUAGAGGUAUGAUCUAUGAUCGGUAACUAGUAUACAGGUAUUAUCAAAUUAUCAUCACCUGAUAAACGUCGAUAUUUUAAAACUAAUUUGUGAUUUUUGAUUCAUCGAGUUGAAAAUGUCGUGAAAAUUUACGAAAUUCUUAAUAUUAUCUUGUAGUGUACCAAAUCCUUGAAAUAUGCUUUGAAAUCGCAAAAAAUCAUAAAAUAUGCUCUAAAAUUUCUAAAACGUCAAAAUAUGCAAGAUACAAUUUUGUAUAUAGACUCGUGGGGCCAUGAAACACAUUUUGGUAUUAACUAGCUAUUUUUUCGACCAACCAGUAAAAUUAUGCAAAUAAAUAUUUGUUAGUUUGCCUUAAUUAUUAUUAUAAAAGUAUUGUAAUAUGACGGUUUCGGCGGAAAUUACUGCGCGACAUCUGCAAUUCAAUAAUAUAACGAAAAUUACUAACUAUGGUCCGGUGUAUAUGAGUACUAUUGAUAAUAAUGAUUGUUAUGGCUACAACUCGACGGAACAAUAACAAUAAUAUUUGGUGCCACGUUGUUUUAGUCGGAGCGGUAAAUAUUUCGGUCGGGUCUCGAAAUUCGUGUCCUCGGUAAACGUCGACGGUUGCGACGGUCACGUCAAACAUUUAGAGCACGUGCAACUGUCAAUGACCGUCAAACAUCCGAAACGCGGUGUUGUCGAGGUGGAUCUGCGUUCGCCAAAAAGUAAGAGAAGUAUUAUAAAUCGUGACUAUAAGCUUAUAAAUGUAUAAUAUUAGAGUUCGCGGUGGUGGGCGGAAUUCACUUGGACCAACGAAAAAAAAAACACGAUAGAGUUGGACUUUGGAAUUAUGUUGAGAGCGACACGCGUUCAUGGCGAUGGGGUAGGGGGAAAGUAGGUACUAUACGUACUUGCGAAAAACGCAAACAAACGAAAUUUUCUGAACGUACCUGCAGUUUUAAUUAAACCGAAAUUCUCUAAAAAAAUUCUUGAAAAAAAUGUACAGAAAUAAAAUGUCGAAAUUCCACGCUCCCUGCUCCUAAACGGGUCGUGUGUUCGCUCGGACGAAAUCCGCCGGCCGCCGUUUUCGGUUUCGCGUUAAAAUCAUUAUUUUUAUAUUCGUGUAUAUUAUUUCGCAUAGACACCGUUUGUAAAAUGAUGGAGCCGAGGCCGUUGGACGAAUCGGACAAAGGAUUUCUCGAGUGGAAAAUCAAGUCGCUGCAAUACUGGGGCGAAGACCCUUUCGGAGAGUGGACGGUUUUCAUCAAAGACGAAGUACGAUGGAUAUUAUAUUAUACAUGUACACACACACACACACACACACACACACACACUGCAGUCCUAUAAUUAGUUACGUACACGAUAUUCUUCGAUCGAUAGUAUACGAAAUACGCUAUAUUUUUUUUUUUUUUUCUAUGUCCGUGUCACGUGACGGUUGUUCAUACACAGUUAUUGUUAUUUACAUUAUAUUAUAUUAUUGACUUGUCUCUGAAAUUCGAACUCGCGUGGUCACUCGGUAUAUUAUGGACAACCAUAUAUUCUAUACACAUUUCUACGACGCAAAAUAUUAUGAAAUUCGAUAUAAUAUUAUGUAAUCGAUUCGUCAGAGAACAAUAUUGUCGUUAAUGUGCUGUUUUAGGUAAUAGUACGUGAUAAUUUAAAACGUAAAACCGAGAAAGAGAAUAAUAUAAUAUGGCAAUAACAAUUGCCGCGGCUCGAAAUAAAAAGAAUUUAAUUUUUUCGUUUAAAUAUUUAAACCACGCCAUAAAACUGCGGGCGAUUCGUACAAAAUUAUUCUUUAAUGCACUCGGCUAAUUUUCAAAUGUUUUUCUUUUUUUUGCUAGACUUCCAGUUUGUACGCCGGCUUGUUCGGAUCGGUGGAAAAACUCACAUUGAUAAUGCACGGCACUAGAGAACAUCCUUACAAUUAA